AUGCCGCGCGCCCCCGAGCACGUCUUCUCGCUGCUCGAGAUGGUGGAGGCGCUGCUCAACCUGCGCCCUGCUGUGAGUCAUUCCCUCAUGCCCCGCCGUGUGUCAUGCACUGUGUGUCAUGCAGUGAGUCAUGACGUGAGUCAUUCCCUCAUGCAGUGGGUGGAGAAGCAGUUUCCCGGGGAGGCGGGCGGUGAGGUGCGGCAGCAUCUGGUGGGCAUCUAUGUGGUGCUGUGCCGCACGGAGGGGGGGGAAGAGAGGAAGGGGGAGGAGGACGGAGAUGGGGGAUGGGGGAGUCAUGGGGAGGAGGAUUUGGACCCGAGCCACAGAUCGGAUGCCAGCCAUCGAUCUCACCACGGGGGCGGUGGGUUGCACAAUCGGAUGGUCAGCGGCAACGCGUCAAGAGGGAGGGGCAUUCUGGGGGGGCUGCUGCCAAAGAAGGUCAGCAAGGGGCACGAGGAGGGCAAGGGCGAGACGCGGGGGAAGAGCAAGGCAGAGAGCAAGGAGGGUGGGGGGUUGGCGGGGCAGGACGUGGUUCUUGAGGUGGCCAGCUGCGUGGUCAGCUUAUCUGUUCCCGCCCACCACGGCACAGUUACGCUGUACCUCGGCACGCUGCUGCUAGUGUACGACGAGGGCGGCAACCACCACGAGGGCGCCGUGCGAGUGGGCGCCGCCACGCGCCACCUGCUAGCAGCGCUCAAGGCGAAUCUGGAGCGCAAGGGCGACGCGUUCCAUGACGAGGCGAUGCGCGCCGUGUUCCUCAUGAACAACUGCGAGUACAUCCAGCGCAAGGUGGAGGAGUGA